AGAAUGUAUCUUGAGAUGAAGAAUACGAUUUCAUUUUCUGAACAGAUAUGAUAUUUGUACGAAAUUCACCUCCGAUUUAUCGUACGAUAACAUUUAUAAUCUUUUUCACCGGCAAUUAACAGUGUCCGAGAAUCAUAAUUAUCUGGUAUUCGAACGCGCAAUAACGUGAACAAUAAUGACAGUGAUAAAUAACAUACAAACAUGUUUCACAACCAUCCAAGGGCUUGAAUGAACAAAUGAAUUUAUUUUCAUCUUAUCAGCUAGACCUAAAUAAAUAUUACCGGUAAUCUCAUAUGGGAAUUAUGGAGAAGAACAAAAUCCUGUUGUUCGCUGUCAGCGAUUUGUUUACUGAAGAAACGCUUGAGCAUAUUCUACGUAAAGUAUCUUGUGAGAAAAAAGUCGAAAUACUAAGCUGGAACUUUGGCGACGGAAGUAGCAAGGGUGAUGCCUACUUAUCGGUCGUCAAUAGAAUCAAAGUGAAGGGCAUCGCAGGUAGCAGUCCAACUGAAAUAUCACUGGUCGUUAAAUCAAUGCCAAGGAAUUUGGGCAGAAGGAAAAUGUUGAGAAGUACAGACUUCUUUCGCAACGAAAUCACCUUUCAUCUUGAGAUAUACCCAAAGUUUCAAAACUUCCUGAAAUCUAAGGAUAUGAGUGAUUUCAUCAUUUUACCUCGUUGGUUGGCUGCUGUAACGGACGGAUUAAAAGAUUUCCUUGUUAUGGAAGAUGUUAGCAUUAUCGGAUUUAGCCCAGUAACUCGUCAAAAAACUUUAAAUCUAUCGCAAUGCAGUCUAAUUCUGAAAGCUCUAGCCAGAUUUCAGGCAGUCUCGUUUGCCUACAAAGAUCAAAGAAAAAAAGAGUUUCAAAAACUAGCAGAUCAGCUAUCAGAGAGUUAUAUUACUUCAAAAUUAUACAAUUGGUACAAAGCUUACCAAGUUAGUACCCACCUUACCUAUUCAUCACUUUAUCAAUUUAUCCAAUUAUGUAAUAAUUUAUCAUCUUGCAUGCAGUUGAAAAGAGAUAUUUAUGAAAUUCUGUUCUCUAGUUAUACUAAGAUAUUAGAUACCAUAAAUAUCUAUCCUCCAAACUCAUUAUACAGUAUCUAA